AUGAUUAUUUAUAUUUUAUUUUCAUUAUUAGCAGCAGUUAUUGUCCAUUUGGUGUAUAAGAAACAAACAGGGUUCAAAUUAAAGGGUAAACAUAUUGUUGUUGUUGGUGGAUCAAGUGGAAUUGGUAAAGAAUUAGUUUAUGAAUUAUUAAAAGAAAAUAUUGCUAGUAUUUCAGUUAUUUCAAGAAGUUUAGAUAAAUUAAGAUCAGUUGUUGAUGAUUGUCCAUCUGAAGUAUGUACAAAAUCCACACCUUUAAAUGUUGGAUCAUUAAAAUCAAAAAUUGAAAUUUAUUCAUGUGAUAUUACAAAUAAAAUUAAAGUUAAAGAAACCAUUGCACAAAUUGUAUCAAAGAAUCAAGGUGGUAAAAUUGAUUGUUUAAUAAAUUGUGCAGGAUUUGCGAUUCCAGGAUAUUUCAUUGAACAAGAUGAAGAAAUCUUUGAAAAGACAAUGCAAUUAGAUUAUUUCGGAUCAUUAUAUGCAACCAAAGAAGUUGUACCAUUAAUGAUUGAAAAUGGUGGUCAAGGUGGUCACAUUGUAUUCGUAUCGUCAACAUGUGGUUUAGUGGGUGUACCAGGUUAUUCAACUUAUUGCCCAUCGAAAUUCGCAUUGAGGGGAUUAGCUGAAACAUUAAGAUCAGAAUUGAAACCAUAUAAAAUUACAUUCUCUGUUGUUUAUCCACCAGAUACCGAUACACCAGGAUAUCAACAAGAGAAUCUCACAAAACCAGAAGAAACCGUUGCAAUCAGUGGUGGAGGUAAAGCAGUAUCACCAUUGGAAGUUGCUAAAUCAAUCGUUAGUGGUAUUAAAAAUGGCGAUUAUCAUAUCGCCUACGAUGUUCCAACUAAACUUUGUGCUGUAUUAUCACCAGGUCUCACCCCAUUCUAUUUCUCUUUCUUUGAUAUCCUUUUAGCUCCAAUUUGUCGUUUAGUUGGUAUAAUUGCAAUGAAUCAAAAUGAUGCAGAAGUUUUAAAAUCUUGGAAAAAAAGAAAUCAAUUAAAAAAAUAA